AUGUUUAAGGCGAAAUUAAAAGUGCCAUUGUACACCGCGUUUUAUAGCGUCGGCAGAAAUCCGCUGGAGAAUUGGGCGAUUCAGUGCAAAUAUGGAGAAACGCAACAAGUCCAAGACGACAUAAUCAAGUCCAACGUUUUCCAGAUCCAGUCACCAAACGUAAAUGCUUGUUGUAUAACUUGUCCGGUGAAUCCUAAAGAUUCACUUGGUAUUACCUUGCCGUUCGUGACGUUGUUGGUGAAAAACCUCGGUCUAUUAUUCACAUUCGAAAUCACGAUUUUGGACAACGAAAAUAUUCGUCGGCGUUUGCGCGUGAGCAGCUACCAUACGCACACAAAGGUGAGCACGUUCAUGGUCGCGUUUCCAAUUUGCAUGCAGAAGGAUUGGAACAAUCUGAGUAUAAAUUUGGCCGAUAUUACAAGCAGAUCGUUCAAGACAACUUAUAUGGAAACAGUACGUAUCCAGGUUCACGCCAAUUGCCGGCUGAGGAAGAUAUAUUUUAGUGACAAGCUGUACCCAGACGAUCAGCUUCCAAACGCGUACAGAAUGCAUGAAACCAAAAACGUGCGAGAGAAACCAAAGAGUAUGCUGAAGAAGAAGGAGUUAGCCAUUGAAAAAAAAUCGAAAGUCGACAAAGUUGACAAAGUCGUAGAACAGUCGGAUAAAUUAAUAUUACCAGAAUAA